AUGAAGAUGUCUAUUUUGUUAAUUUUCAUUUGUUUUGUUGCAAGUGUAUAUUCUUUGCCGACUAUUGACGACGACGACCUUCAGAAUUAUCAAGAACUGCAAGAGCAUUCAAUGGAUUAUGAAGGACACGAUAUCCAAAAUAGGUUAAUUAUGGGCGAUAUAUGCCCAAGAGGAAGGACCAGGGCUCCUUGGGGAAAAUGCAUACCUUGUGGAAGGACUGUAAACAUAGACCAAGUAUGGGAUCAGGCUUUUCUGCUUGACGCCGCUGAAAUUCAGCGCAACGUCUUGAGAGAACAAGAUCGAAAUAAUCGGAAACAGUGUCACUACUAUCAUUGGACGUGA